AUGAGUCAUCUUAGACUACUACAACAUCUUAAUGCUCGUAAUGAAGAUACAGAAAGGGAUUUAAAUCUAAAUUGUCCUGAAAUUCUCCGAGAGGUAUGGUUACGUCCUGAAUUCCUUCGAAUGAUAUGGUUACACGUUAAGCAUUGGCUUUCAGUUUUUCUUGAACUUGUUACGAAGAGUAAUGUUUCGAUUUUAAUUGCGCUGCUUUCUUAG